UUAUUUCACCGAAAUCUAUUUUCAUGAUAACCUUCAAGUGAUUUUGUCAAAUGAAUUGAUAACAAGCAAGUAUCAGCCGCCUCGAAGUAAUUGGUUAUUAAAAAUUUUUCAUUACAUUAAUUCGACCUACUACUACAGCCAAAAUGAAGUCUAUAAACAAAAUUUUAAAUAUUUGUUCGACACUUCCAAAGAAUACAAGGUUGAUAUCGACAACAAGUAGUAAUCUAAACGCCGACGAUGGAUGGUUAUCGAAGUUGCUGGUGCGUAGGAUAGAACCGACAAAAGAGUCGCACAGUCGUAUGCUCAGCGACAAGGAGAUUGUAUACGCACUACAUACUCAUAAUAUCCGACCCGACUCUGUCGAUAAAUACCUGAAAAAUUAUAAAACUUCGGUAGAGUUUGUGGAAUCAAGAAAAGCAGACCUUGGCUGUGAGCUGGUGGGAUCAUGGACAGUGUCAGUAGGAGACAUGGACCAGGCGUUGCAUCUAUGGCGUUAUGUUGGUGGCUUCGAAAAAAUUGACAAAGCAAAGAUUUUAUUUAAGGAAAAUCCAGAUUACCGUGCAUUAGAGAAGGAGCGUGGUAACUUCGUCCGGUCACGACAUCUGCAGUACCUGCUCGCAUUCAGUUUCUGGCCUAAUGGCGAACCUCGUCAGCCCAACAACAUCUAUGAGAUCAGAUCAUACAGUUUGAAGCCGGGCACAAUGAUAGAGUGGGGCAACAACUGGGCGCGUGGUCUGACAUAUCGCCGCUCCCAGAACGAGGCAUUCGCGGGAUACUUCUCGCAGAUCGGACGUCUCUACAAUGUUCAUCAUAUUUGGUGUUACAAGAACUUGCAGGCGCGCCGCGAAACGCGUGAGAGCACAUGGCGCAACCCGGGCUGGGACGAGUGUGUGGCUUACACCGUACCGCUCAUACGCGAGAUGCAUUGCCGCAUCCUCGAGCCCACUGAGUUCUCGCCUACGCAGUAAACGAGCAAUGUAUACGGUUGGUUAUUAACCCUUUGCAUACAUAUCUAAAACGUGAUAAAUAAUCUAUUGUUAUUGCAGCCUUUGACAAUACGGUUUGAAGUAGAAUUAUUUUAUUUACAUUUUACAUAAUUUUCCUUUCUUUCUUACUUUAUAUAAGUUCUAUUUACUUGAAUUAAUGAAAAAC